UUCAAAAAUUAGAAGGGAAAAAAUGGAUUUUUACGCAUACCCAUCUCGUUUUUCAGUGUCUUCAUCGUCUUUGUUUGGAGAUUUCGUCGAAAAGAUCAAAUUUUCUUGCAAUUUCGCUGUUUCUGUCAUCAUUGGGAAUAUUUUCUCUGCGAUUUUAACCUUCUUCUUUGCAUUAGUGGGCACCUUGUUAGGGGCCAUGACAGGGGCUUUGAUCGGACAAGAAACAGAGAGUGGGUUCGUUCGGGGCGCUGCAAUUGGGGCCAUCUCCGGUGCAGUUUUCUCGAUCGAAGUCUUCGAGUCGUCUCUGGUUCUUUGGCAGUCUGAUGAAUCCAGGAUCGGUUGCUUGCUUUACUUGAUUGAUGUCAUUGCAAGCCUUCUAAGUGGGAGGCUUGUCCGAGAACGAAUCGGUCCGGCGAUGCUGAGCGCGGUCCAAAGUCAGAUGGGAGCUGCUGAAACAAAUUUUGAGGAUUUCCAGAACAUAUUCGACAUUGGUGGUACCAAAGGAUUGGCUGGAGAUUUGGUUGAAAAGAUCCCAAAGAUCAAAAUUACAAACAACAACAAUGUAGACGCUUCCGGGGAGAAAGUUUCAUGUUCCGUUUGCCUUCAGGACUUUCAGCUCGGAGAAACGGUCCGGAGCUUGCCACAGUGCCAUCACAUGUUCCACUUGCCUUGCAUAGAUAAGUGGCUUAUCAGCCAUGGUUCUUGUCCAUUGUGCAGAAGGGAUCUGUAACCUCGUUAUUUUUUUAAAAUUGUAGAAUAGUUCCUCAUAGUUUAUUUUAUACUUAUGUUACU